CGCGCGUCCAAAUAUAGUACCAGGUGUGCCUCUGAUUUCAACCCGACUGAAGUGCCUUUCAGCUGGCGAAGAUGCCCAGAGGAUUUUUAGUCAAGCGAAAUAAGAAAGCGACACCUGUUUCGUACCGGGUCCGCUCGGAGGAGGACGAGCAGGGCGCGUUUGUCGCGCAGGAUGUUCCGUGCGCGCGCCGCCCGGUGUCACCCGUGCAGUUCGGGAACCCCGAGACAGUCUACCGGGCUAUGUACAGCCCGACGCGUCCCGUCAGCAGAGAGCACGAGAGGGCGUGUUUGGAGCGGCGCUUUAAUCUCGGCUCGCCCAUCUCAGCGGAGUCUUUCCCGGCGGCGCCAAACUGCUCCGACCAAGCGCCGGUGGAUCUUAAAAUCGGCACCAGCAACAGCAACCGAACCGGCACCACAGUAACCACCAAAAGACCCGCGUCCGACACAGAGCGCAAAGGCAAACCGGCAUCCAAGAAAGCCAAAGCCAUGCGGAAGCUGCAGUUCGAGGAUGAGAUGACCACCUCUCCAGUGCUCGGACUGAAGAUCAAAGAAGGUCCGGUGGAGCAGAAGCCCAGAUCGCAGUGCGCAAGCGGAGACAAGCCGCUCGGAGAGUUCGUCUGUCAGCUGUGCAGAGAGGCAUACGCGGACCCCUUCUCUCUAGCCCAGCACAAAUGCUCCAGGAUCGUCAGGAUCGAGUACAGAUGUCCCGAAUGCGACAAGCUCUUCAGCUGCCCGGCGAACCUCGCCUCGCACCGGCGGUGGCACAAACCCAAGCAGAGCGCGGAAAGCAAUAAAACACCCGCGCCCGAGAAAGAGGAGACUUCCAGCGACAGGGACACUCCUAGUCCCGGACUUUCCGAAAGCGGCUCUGAGGACGGCCUGUACGACUGCCAGCACUGCGGGAAGAAGUUCAAGCGUCAGGCGUACCUGAAGAAGCAUGUGACUGCGCACCACGACGCGCCAGAAAAACCCCAAAGCCACGCGCCUCUGAAUCUCAGCGCCUCCGAGUGUCACCUGUGCCCGGUGUGCGGGGAGAACUUCCCGAGCAGGAUGAGCCAGGAGCGCCACAUCCGCCUGCAGCACUCGGCGCAGGUCUACCCGUGCAAAUACUGUCCGGCCAUGUUUUAUAGCUCGCCGGGACUUACGAGACACAUCAACAAAUGCCACCCGUCGGAAAACAGGCAGGUGAUCCUGCUUCAGAUGCCGGUGCGUCCAGCCUGCUGAAGACAACCUGUGCCUUAAACCAGUGCUUCCCAGCCCACAACGUUCCGGAUUGGAUGGGAUGGCAGGGGGUCGGGAAGCACUGCCUUAAACCACAGAAUCAACCUGGAUGAGCAUCACAUGCGAAUCCUGCCAUUUUCUAAUCUACAACUCUCGAAAGGAGUUUUCCGAGUGAUGUCACAGAAGAAUCCGUGUUCGAUUCUGGGAAGAACGGCGAACGUUCUAAAACAGAAGUGAGAACGCUUUACGCAAUGGAAAGACUCCAACGCUUGAUUUUUUUAAAGAGGGUAAAGUAGUUGAUCUGAAGGUGGUACAACAGGUUAGACUGUUCGCUUCUUUUUCUAGGAUCUCCGCACAAGUGCUUUUAGCUUUUAGACCUAAGAAUCCUAGAACAUGCCUUUGAAUUCACAGGCUGUACAUACAUUUUUCCAUCGUUUCUAGCUUUAAUAGAGCUUGUGAAUCUGUGGACGUUUGACUGUAGCUUUCAAAACAACCUGCUGACAAGGGUUUCUCCCUUUAGUGUAGCCAGAAAUGCCUUGAAUUAGAUCUCGACAUGCUGUAAAACUGCCUUAAUCAUGUAAAUGUCGGAGUGAUUGCGGUUACUGAUGAUGUGUUGUUGUUUUUUUUAAUACUAUUGUUGUUAUUAUUAUUAUUCGCGUCAUUGUGUGUGCGUAUAUGUUUGUGAUUAUUUAUCUAAUUAUUAUUAUUAUUAUUUAUUUAUUUCAAAUGAUUUAUUUAACUUAUUCCUCUGCCUCAUUCGUUUGUGAUUGAUUUUGAAAUUUGUCUCGACAGCCAAAUGUUUCUUUUAUUGAUCUGAAGGUCAAUCUCCGAGUCUGAAAUCCACCUUGCAUUAGGUACAAUCCUUUAUAUUAAUUUAUUUUUUUUAUGUUACGUCUGACAUGCUCAGCGCUUGUGUGUGUUUCUGCAGUUCUGCUAUUUGUCCAAAAAUUACUUAUGAUAAUAAUAAUAAUAACAAUAAACAGUCCAAAAAGUCUAAUGGGAUCCACCUGAUGUGACAUUCCAGCAAUCUGAACACGUGUGUGUGUUUGUGUGUGUGUGUCGACAUGUGGAAACCCAGACACUGUGAACACUUACAAAUGCUUCAUCUUCAUCAUCUUAUCUUCUUCUACUUCUUAUACGAUGAAAUGUUUCCAUCUGGAUUCUGUACCAAGAUACGUCUGCACUUAAUAAAACACGUCAACUUAAAAUGA